ACCGGAAGCACCGUUCUCCUUCUUGUCAGCAGGUCACAGGCAGUUUUAUGUCAGGCUCCAUUCUCCUCACUGAGCAGCGUUGUAUUCUCAGCAUGGCAUCUGAAGAGCUGGCUAGGAAGCUGCAGUCACGGCUGGCCGCUACGCAGGAGGUUGAGCCGAGGCCGGAGCCCGAACAGAGCCCGAGCCCACAAAGACGGCAGGAGCCGGAGGCAGCCGGAGGCGACUCGUCCUCCGAACUGUCCGCCAAACUGACCCGCAGGCUGGACAUCAACGAGGGCAACGCUGCUCCUCGACCGACCCGCGUCUUCAACCCCUACACGGAGUUCAAGGAGUUCUCCCGCAAGCAGAUUAAGGACAUGGAGACUGUGUUCAAACGGUAUGACACUGGUAAAGACGGCUUCAUCGACCUAAUGGAGCUGAAGCUGAUGAUGGAGAAGCUGGGAGCUCCACAGACCCACCUGGGCCUCAAGAAUAUGAUCAAAGAGGUGGACGAAGACUUUGAUGGCAAGCUGAGCUUCAGAGAGUUCCUGCUGAUUUUCCGGAGAGCAGCGGCUGGAGAGCUGCAAGAGGAGAGUGGUCUGAUGGCUCUGGCCAGACUGUCUGAGAUCAAUGUCUCCACUGAGGGAGUGAUGGGGGCCAAAGACUUUUUUGAAGCCAAGAUGCAGGCUGUGUCUCUGGGCAGCAAGUUUGAGGCUGAGAUUCGAGAGGAAAAAGAAGAACGCAAGAGACAGGAAGUGGAGAAAAAACAGAGACAAGCUGCCUUCAAGCAGCUGCAGUCUACCUUCUGCUCAUGACCCACAACAGGAGGCGGAUAACUACACUGACAUGCACAGUCAGUGUUACUGAGAUUUUAGAAAUAGCUUCACACUCCACUUAUACUUUAACCAAUGUCAUCGCUCAGAAUUUAGCACUUUAUAACAAAAUAGAAAGAUGCAUUAAAGUAAAUACUCACUAAAAUACUUGAAAAUACCUGAUAAAACCUCACAGGCGAGGUUUAUUCAUAUCAGACUUUCUGUUUCACAGAAAACAAUAAGGCAAAAACAUGGCUUCAGAUUUGUAAGGAAAUAUGUAGUAAACUCUCCAAAUUCAUGGAAAUCUCAUAGAUAUUAUUGUGCAUUUGUGUGGAUUCUUUUCUGUGUGUCCCUUUGUACAAGAUCUGUAAGUUUUCAUCUCAUGGGAAUUUUAACUUGUUUAGGCUAAGCGAAGCUGUAUUCAGUACGUUCUGCAUAUGUUGUUUUGAAGCAUUUUUAAUUUCAUGUUACAGUUUGUCAUAUGAUCUUGUUUCAUCCUCACCUUGCUAACACUGUUACAAUGGGUGUAAUUAAAUGAACAUAUACUCUGCAAUCUGCAAUGUAAUAGAAAUAGUAUAGUAAUAGAUAAUUGUAUGAAUAACUAUGAUAGUAAUAAUAGUACAUAUUAACAUCACAUUAUUCGUGGCAAAUGAAGCCUUAUGCAACUUUAGCCACUGAUUUUGACUGAUCCAACAUUAAACAGGUCAUACUCUGAUUGGCUUUCAUGAACAGUAUACAGUAUGUGGAGGAAACAGUCUGGACCAGCUUUUGAUGAUUUGAUCCACUAACAAUACACUCCCUGGUUUUGUUAUUGCACCCAAAAUCCCCAGAUGACCACUAAAGCUCAACUGUGAACUUUAAAGUUGCAAAAUCAGGGAGGUUAUCUUUAAAGGAAUAGUUCAACAUUUUGGGAAAUGUUUUUUUGCUUUCUUUCUGUGAGUGAGCUGAGAGGACCAAGACCUUGCUUCACUCUGCUUUCAGUCUUAGUACUAAGGUAAGCUAACCACGUCCUGACUCCAGCUCUGUUCUUAACACACAGACAUGAGAUGAAUAUCCCUCAUCUCAUUCCACUCUCAGAAAGAAAGCAAAUAAACUAAAUUCUCAUGACCACAGCAAUUAGACAGUUAUCAUGUGAAUUUGAGUAUUGUGUACUUUAAUACUCUGUUUUCAAAAGCAUGCAUGCAGUGCAAGUGUGUUAUAUAGUCUGGAGAUUCUAAUAUAUUUUACAUCAAUUUAGCUUAUUUUCCAUGUAAAAUAGAUCAAUAUUAGAAAUGUCCUUGAGCCCUGUAUGCAUAACAAGUGACUGAAGCUGGGUCCCAGCCUCAAGGUUGGGAGUCUUGGGGAAAUAGCAGUAAGGCUUCAGGUGGUUUACCUCUAAAUUAGAGUAGACUUGCUAUCUUAACUGUAGGUAUGAUAAUGAUUCUUCAUGUGAUUCAAUUCCAGAUGCUGGAACUGUUUUCUAAGUGAUGUCUUUUUGAGUGUCUUUGCGGAAAGGCUUACUGGAUGGCCAAUGAAUGGCCAGCAUUGUUUGUAUCAUUUAUUUAAAACAGACUUUAAGGGGUUCUUUACUGUGACAUAAGAAUUUAUGUUUGGUUGAAGAGUGUUAAUUUGUGGCUUCUCAAAGUGUAUGUAGUGUAGGUCUGAAAGGGGUACUCCAGUGAUUUAGUAUUGCACUUCCAUAAAGUUGGGGGAUUUGCAAGAGACAGAUUUUUUGAAAAACUCCAAAAACACUGGAUCCUACAUUCCCUAUGCCAUACUUGAUAUAAACUUUGAUUAGACCCUUCUUCCCUGGUAAAGAUCUUUCAAACUCCACGGCCCCGGUUUGUAACACAUGUUUUAUGUUAUAAAUUUGUAAUCUACAAGCCCAAUGACAUCAUUAGGAUGUCAUCAGGGUUAUUUUCUCAGGCUUGACAAAGCUCCUCCAGACCCUCAGAAGAUACUGUUUUCACAGACUAAAUAGUACUAACCAUGACCAGUUCAAUUCAAUUUUAUUUAUAUAUCGCCAAUUCAUAACAGAAGUUAUCUCAUUGCACUUUUCCUAUAGUGCAGGUCUAGACCGUACUCUUUGUAAUAUUAUUUACAGAGACCCUACAAAUCCCACCACGAGCAAGCAUUUGGCGAUAUUCUUAUCUCUUAUGUAAGAAGGAUCCCAUUUCAGGGUUCUUUCAAGUCUACAUUUUAACAUUAAAUGCAUCAGAAGGGGUCAGAAUGACAGAAAAAUAAGAGACAUGCAUAUUUCUUCAUGAUGUGGUCUCCGGAAUCUUAUAUCUAUCUAUCUAUUCUACAGUGUGGUACAAUAAUGAAAAGCACAGGGUGACGGGUGUGUUACAGACUCAACUUGAAGCAUCCUGUCACUGAGCCACAGAGCUCACUCUACUGUAUGUCAAGUCUAAUUUAACUAUGAGCCCUUGCAGUCUCUAUUGAUAUAGUCUCUAUUGAUAUAACACUUGAUAUAACACUUUGUUACUAA